AUGGCGGUUGAGUCAAGGAUAGCAGCUGUGACUGGGGCUAAUAAGGGUAUAGGUUUGGCCAUUGUCCGCAACCUAGCCCUCGAGUAUCCCAAAUCGCCUCUGAAGUCCGGACCACUGUUGAUAUACCUGACUGCUCGAUCUCCGGAAAGAGGAUCUGAGGCUGUGAAGACGUUGAAUCAAGAUGAGCAGCUCAAGAAGGCAAAGGUGUUGAAGCAAGAUGGAGGAGACGUCGAGGUCUCCUACCACGAGCUGGACAUCAGCAAGAAAGAGGAAAUACACAAGUUCCGGGAUUUUUUAAAGAAGGAGCAUCCACAGGGCAUCGAUUUCGUCAUUAACAAUGCUGGCAUUGCGAUGGAAGGGUUUGAUUCGAAUGUUGUGAAGACGACGCUACAGACCAACUAUUACGGCACACUCGAGGCCACUCGCGAACUACUGCCAUUGAUCAGAAAUGGAGGGCGCAUGGUCAACGUCUCAAGCAUGGCAGGAAAGUUGAACAAGUACUCCGACGAAAUACGCCAAUCGUUCUUGCAAGCAUCGAAGAAGGAUGUACCUGCAGUGACCGCGAUCAUGGAGCAAUUCAAUUCAUCAGUAGAGGCCGGCAAAGAAAACGAUGCUGGCUUCCCGUCUGCCGCUUACGCAGUCAGCAAAGCUGGCGAGACUGCGUUCACGAAAGCUAUCGCGAUGGAGGAGGCGAAGCGCGACCGUGGUGUUCUGGUGAAUGCCUGCUGUCCGGGGUACGUAAAUACUGACAUGACCAAGGGGCGAGGAAGCAAGACUGUCGAUGCUGGUGCACGAACGCCUGUCAUGCUUGCCUUGCAAGACAUUGGUGGCCGGACAGGAGAGUUUUGGCAGUCGGAGCAGAUAAUAGAAUGGUAG